AAUCUAGUGGGCUAGUCAGCAGAAGCAGCAGACACAACUUUUACCAGGGUUGUGUUUAUUUACGCGAGCUGUACGGUCUCCAGAGCAAAGUUACACUCCAGAAUUCAGCACCGGAGCUGUCCAGCCUCCGCGCCCUCAGCUCGUGCCUCAAAACAACGCUGUUUGCUCGGGUGCGGAAUAUUUGUUUGACGGGGUUACAUACUGUACACUGACCGCCGCGAUUACACACGCAUAGCCUUCACUGACGAAAGCAAACCUUGAAAUGACUGCUGGCAGCGCGUGAGAGGAGCAGAAGAAAUCGAGUCCCAAGUACCGGAGCACCAUCCCAUUUCCUUCAGCCAUGGGUGUGCUGAUGUCCAAGAAGCAGCAGGUGGAGAAGGUGCAGAAGUGCAGCGUGGUGGUGUCAGCGUUUAAAGACGGUCUGAAGGACCGGGCGGCCCCAGCGGCUGGGGCCCUGACUGAAGAGGUCAUAGCUGAGAACGGGGAUGGAUCUGCUGAUGGAUCCCACCAGGCGAACAAGCAGCAUACUGAACUGAAAGACAAGGACAGCAAACCAGGGUCAUUACCAAAUCAGCAGGCCUCAGCUCCGCCCAGAGAGUACAGGGGUCUUUUUCCCGUCAACGAUGAGAUGUGCGAGGUGUGUGAGGUUUGGACGGCAGACGAUCUGUUCCCCUGCCGGACGUGCACACGGGUCUUCCACGACGGCUGUCUGCAGGAGAUGGGUUACCUGAGCACUGAAGCUCUGCAGGAAAUGAGAGAGACGGCCCACACCACCACCGGCUGGAGCUGCUAUUACUGCGAUAAUGUGAACCUGCUGCUUACUGAAGAAGAGAUGUACAGUCUGAUGGAAACCUUCAAACAGUGCAAGAUCAUCCCAGAGUCGUGCCUGGUGUCAGAUGAACUCCUGCAGUACAGGCACUUUGUGACCAAGCAGCUCUUUGAAAGAGACUUGACGGAUGAGGAGGAAGAGGAGGUUCUGGCCCAGUUUGCAGCGCUGGAUCCAGACAAGAAGGGUCAGAUUGAGUGGUCUGACUUCCUCUACCACGAGUCACUUUCAGUGCUGCAGAAGUUCCGGACCGAGAAUUCGCUGGUGAGAAUCCUCACAGCGAAGGAGAGGGAUCGAGCACGGGCCGUAUUUCAGAGUAUAGACCAGGACAAAGAUGGGAUCAUCACUGCCGGAGAAGCCAGAAAAGCCCAAACCUCCUGGUUCCACAAGAUUAACAAAGAAUCACAGUCCUGCAGUGUCAGUAUCAGCCAUGUUGGUCCAAUAUCUGAGAGCAGUCCUGCCAGUUCCAGCAGCGAGAGAAGCAGAGAUAAAGCUUUGGAGAAUGACAACAGACCCGUUACCUGGGACAACUUCCUGAGGGAGAGUGCCAUCUACAUCCUGGCUGCCAGGCCCAACAGCUCAGCCAUGCACAUCCGUUUACCACUCUAACCAUGACCACAUAGCCUGAGACUUCUAGAGGGGCUUCCCAGGUCCGGAUUCACGAAAGAGCGGUGCUGAGGACUAAACCGAGAGUCACAUGAGAGUCAAACGCAAAAGAGUACCCCACCACAUGCUAAGUCUGCACAAGCAAUCGAAGGCUUCUUCCUCUAACGCCACAAUCUAAUAGCGACACACUGACAAAUUCAACGCUACUGAACAAUAGCACAUCUGUCACCACUUCUUGAGCUUUUACGAGCUUGUAUGGUUUCGGUUUUUGUGACCAAGUAACUGUUUCGAUCAGAGAACCUGCUGCGAGAAACACUGUCACACAUUAGCAGAUUUACAGCACCACAGUGUUUGCGUAGUGUUUUUGAUGUUAACGUGUUGUAUAAUUUUUGAGUUGCGGCUCUAGCCAGAUGAGUUGCGAUCGAUGGAUCCAUGUGAGAGCAGUGGUUGAAUCAUUGCUGAUCUAAUUUCAGUCACCACAAAAUAUGAAUAUAAUAUAGUAGGCAACAGUGGUGCCACACAGAAAUCAAAGUGAGAUGCUAUAUAUAGAUACUAUAUACAGUCUAUAUACAUAUAUAUAUAUACAAAAUAUUGUAUGUGUAUUUAUUCCCAUACCUUCAGGGAUGGAUUAUGAACCGGGCCAAGGAGCUUCCAGACUGCCAGGGGCCUAAAGUUGAGACAUGGGAAAACAAAGGAAAUUUUAAAUGGUUGUUGACAGACAAACGCUACUUGUAAUUAAGAUACAGAUUGGCAUCAAUUUGAAUUUUCAGUCACUUGACAGUGCAUUUGCGAGUCAGAAUUAUGAGAAGCUAUAAUUCUUUUUUUACUUUUAUGUUAUAUUUCUGAAACAUGAUAUGUAAUGAGAAAAAAGUGGGGUGGAAUUUACCUGUGAGUGGAUUGUGAAAUAUGAUCUUCAUUUCUAAAACCUAGUGAGCUGCCAACUUAGGUAGUAUUAAAAAAAUGUACAGGCAGCAUAAAUGAGCAAAUCAAUAGUGAACAUUUUAU